AAAGGAAAAGAUUGAAUAGUAGUAUAAUAAUCAUGGGCCUACGCCGACUAUAUAUAAAUGCUGUGUAUGUGUAGCAUUGAGUUCGCACAUUUCAGAGAGAAACAAAAAAAGCACGAGAGAAUCAGAUAGAGAGAGAGCUAUGGAAGAUGGCAGGGUGGAUGAGGAGUACACAGAAGAUGGAACUGUGAAUCUAAAAGGAAAACCUGUUCUUAGAUCCAAAACUGGUGGUUGGAAAGCUUGCUCCUUUGUUGUUGUGUAUGAGGUAUUUGAAAGAAUGGCAUAUUAUGGAAUAUCAUCAAAUUUGAUCCUUUAUCUGACAAAGAAGCUUCACCAAGGCACUGUGGCUUCUGCAAACAAUGUGACCAACUGGGUUGGGACAAUUUGGAUCACUCCCAUAUUAGGCGCCUACGUUGCCGACGCUUACCUUGGCCGCUAUUGGACUUUUGUCAUUGCCUCCACCAUCUAUCUCUCUGGCAUGUCUCUGCUUACUCUAGCAGUGUCCCUUCCAAGCCUAAAACCACCUCAAUGCUUAGAAACAGACGUCACAAAAUGCAAACCAGCCUCAACACUUCAGCUAGCAGUGUUCUAUGGCGCACUAUACACACUAGCAGUUGGAACAGGUGGAACCAAGCCCAACAUCUCCACCAUUGGAGCAGACCAGUUUGAUGACUUCCACCCUAAAGAGAAGUCACACAAGCUCUCCUUCUUCAAUUGGUGGAUGUUCAGCAUCUUCUUUGGGACCCUCUUUGCAAACACUGUUUUGGUGUAUAUCCAAGAUAAUGUGGGUUGGACUCUUGGCUAUGCUCUUCCAACUCUAGGCCUUGCUGUGUCAAUCUUGAUAUUCUUGGCAGGGACACCUUUCUAUAGGCACAAGUUGCGUGCUGGGAGCACCUUCACUAGAAUGGCUAUGGUCAUAGUGGCUGCUUUCAAGAAAUGGAAAGUGGAUGUCCCUCGUGAUCCUAAAGAACUGUAUGAGCUUGAUGUGGAUGAGUAUGCAAAGAAAGGGAGUUACAGAAUUGAGUCCACUCCAACAUUGAGGUUCCUUGACAAGGCAUGUGUGAAAACAGGUUCUACUAGUCCUUGGAUGUUAUGCAGUGUUACACAAGUAGAGGAAACAAAGCAAAUGCUGAGAAUGGUCCCAAUCUUGGUUGCUACAUUUGUUCCUAGUACAAUGAUAGCUCAGAUAAACACUCUCUUUGUAAAGCAAGGAACUACUCUUGACAGACACAUAGGAAGCUUCAAAAUCCCCCCAGCAAGUUUAGGUGCAUUUGUUACUGUGUCCUUGCUUGUCUGUGUUGUGCUCUAUGACCGUUUCUUUGUCAAUAUUAUGAAAAAGUUCACCAAGAAUCCUAGAGGGAUUACCCUUCUUCAAAGAAUGGGAAUUGGCAUGGUAAUCCACAUAGUGGUUAUGAUCACUGCAUCUGUGACUGAAAGUUAUCGACUUCGAGUCGCGAAAGAUCAUGGGGUAGUUGAGAGCGGAGGACAAGUUCCUAUAAGCAUUUUCAUUUUGCUUCCUCAGUUCAUACUUAUGGGAACUGCUGAUGCUUUCUUAGAGGUUGCGAAAAUCGAGUUUUUCUAUGAUCAGGCACCAGAGACCAUGAAGAGUAUUGGGACUUCAUAUUCCACAACUACCAUAGCCCUUGGCAAUUUCAUCAGUUCAUUUCUUCUCUCAACAGUUUCGCGCGUCACUCGGGAACAUGGCAGCAGAGGGUGGAUUUUGAACAAUCUGAAUGAGUCUCACCUUGAUUACUACUACGCGUUUUUUGCGGUGCUCAACUUCCUGAACUUCAUCUUCUUCUUGGUUGUUUCGAGGUUCUAUGUGUAUAAGGCUGAAGUUUCUGAUUCCAUAGAAGUGCUUGCUAAAGAACUGAAGGAAAAGACAGUGUCAAACUAUGUAAUACCAAGGGAUUAGUGGACUAGGUAGAUAUAUCUAUAUUUGAAGAAGAUUAAGAUCCAAAAAUUCCACUACUGCUAUAGGUACACUUUGGAUAGCCAAAGAGCUAGAUGUGUGAAAAUGUGUGUGCAAGUGCAACCUUGGGAUGGUUUUGUUAAUUGGAGGUCACUUCAGAAGAGAAUCUAAUCAAGAUAGAGUUAUCGGGAGGAUCAUUUUUCCUUAUCCUGUGCAACCUUUGAGAAAAGUCACCAGCACCACAAAAUAACAUCUUCUCUUAAAUCUAUUUUGUUAUAAGUAUCCUUGUAUUUAGAGUGAGUUAAAUUAUGAACUGUAUAGUGUGUUCUGAUUAGAUUUGCUAUAGAAAGUAAAACUUCUAGAGAUGUACUUUUUUUUUUCUUUUUGAAAAGACUUCUAGAGAUGUACUUGACCCAACCUUCAUUUAGAUGACAUGUUACUUAAAUGAAAUUCAAGUGAAAUUUUAGAUGUAAA